AUGGACCCACUUGACAAAAUAAUAAAUGAUAUUAAAAAAGAGGCUAACGACUCUGGUGUUACUUUAGCUCCACUUUCUGUUCCAAAACCUAAACUAGAGGAACUCUCAGAGCAACAAAAAAUUAUACUUGCCGAAUACAUUGCAGAAGUUGGUUUACAGAAUAUAACAGCGAUCACUCUCUCAAAAAAAUUGAAUAUUACCGUAGAAAAAGCUAAAAAUUAUAUAAAAAAUUCUAACAGACUUGGCAGAACAAAUAAUUUAAAAACUAUUGGUAUUCUUCAAGAAGAGGUUUCAUCUAUGGAGGCUAAAUCUAUGACUUGGUAA